CGUCGUCUGCUACCUAACAGUUAGGGCGCUUGCGUCAAUGUGUUUGAAGGCCCGUGACUAGCUAGUGUGCUAAGCCAACAUUCAGGACGUUACAGAAAUUGUCUUAAUCAAUAACCUUGUGAAAGCGGUUUUAUCCCUUCGUACGCCACCUAAUUUGGGGUCGGUCUGAUUCAAACCCAGAAUGUCUUUCCCCCCUCAUUUGAACCGGCCCCUGUUGCCACCACCUGGGAUGCCCCCUCAGUUUGCUGGCUUCCCCUCAGGAACUCAAAUGAUCCCCCUUCAUGUCGGCAUCAUGACCCCCACUUCUACAGUAAUGAUGCCUUCUGUUCAAGUGAUCAGUAAGCCUCCAAUCCAUAAAAAGGAAAUACUGAGAAUCAAAGACAACAAUGAGAACAGCGGCCCGACUACCACGGUGUUUGUGGGGAAUAUAUCAGAGAAAGCUUCAGACAUGCUGAUCAGACAGCUGCUCGCGAAAUGUGGAAUUGUUCUGAGCUGGAAGAGAGUCCAAGGAGCCUCUGGCAAGCUUCAAGCCUUUGGGUUUUGUGAGUACAAGGAGCCAGACUCCACUUUGCGAGCACUGCGGCUGCUUCAUGACCUUCCAAUUGGAGAGAAAAAUCUAUUGGUAAAGGUGGAUGCUAAGACCAAAGCUCAGUUGGACGAGUGGAAGGCCAACAGAAAGACUGAGAAUGGGAAUAAGAAGGCUGAAGAUGCAGAUGACGAGGAAGAGGUUCUAGACGAGGAGAUAAAGCAGAAGGAUCAGAUCAUUAAAGGUGCUAUCGAUGGAUUGAUGAGAGAAUAUGCUGCAGAACUCAACGCCCCUUCACAGGAUGAGGACUCCCAGCGACGAAAGAGGAAAAGGGAGAAAAAAGAAGAGGACGACAUCAACGCUAUUGAUAUGGAGGAUGACAAGAGAGACCUGAUUUCCAGAGAAAUUAGUAAAUUUCGAGAUACUCACAAGAAACUAGAAGAAGAGAAGGACAAGAGGGAGAAGGAGCGGCUGGAGUUCGAGCGGGAACGAAGGGACCGGGAAAAGGAGCGGGAGCGGGAAAGGGAGCGCCGGGACCGCGACAGGGAGAAGGAACGAGAGAGGGAAAGGGAGCGGGAGAGAGACCGAGACAAAGAUCGCGACCGCCGGACCAGAGAAAGAGACCGAGACUGGGAGCCCCCCCGAAGCCGCGACAAGACCCCCGAACGCAGCAGAUCCAGGGAGGUCAGUCGAGACAGAGACCGAGAAAAGAAACGAGACCAAGAAGAUGAAGAGGAAGCGUAUGACCGCAGGAAGCUGGAACGGAAACUCCGAGACAAGGAAGCAGCUUAUCAGGAGCGUCUAAAAAACUGGGAGCUACGGGAGCGGAAGAAGGCACGGGAUUAUGCCAAGGAGGCCGAAAGAGAAGAUGAGCGCCGACGAGAAAUGGUGAAAGAGGGCAAACGGUUGAAAGAGUUUCUUGAGGACUAUGAUGAUGAAAGAGAUGACCCCAAGUAUUAUAGGGGCAGUGCGCUCCAGAAACGUCUCCGAGACAGAGAAAAGGAGAUGGAGGCAGACGAGCGUGACAGGAAGCGGGAGAAGGAGGAGCUGGAGGAGAUCAGACGGAGGCUGUUAGACGAGGGACAUCCAAACCCAGACGCAGAGCUACGCAGGAUGGAGGAGGAAGAGGAGGAGCGUCUGAGACGACCCCCUAUCAUCCCAGAGCCGGUGAUCGAGGUGGUACAGGAACGCCACAGGGGUCCAAGAGACCACCGAGAACGGGAGCGGGAGCGGGAUCAUGACCGAGAACGGGACCGGGAGCGAGAGCGGGAACGGAGACAGGAGCAAGACCGAGCAGAACCUCGAGUGCGGCCCGCCCCCUCUCCUGACGAGGUGGAAGAGGGCGAGGAAGAGGGUUAUGAAAAUGGAGAAGACCACGGCGACACAAAACCCUGCCUGAAGCCCACGAUGCGGCCAAUCACGGCCGCGCCGUCUGUGUCGUCAGCAAGCGGCGGCGCAUCCCCGAACACCCCGGGGGACGAGUCGCCCUGCGGCAUCAUCAUCCCCCACGAAAACUCUCCCCCGGAGGCGCUGCCGCAAGAGGAAAACCGCCCAAAGAUUGGCCUCAGUCUCAAACUGGCUGCCUCAGGAAGCCCCAGUCAGCCCAACACAGGAAAGAGGAAGAAGUUGCCCGUCGACAGCGUCUUCGACAAGUUCGAUGACGAAGAGACGGACGAGCAGCCCCGCAAGCGGAAGCUGGUGCCCCUGGAUUACGACGACGACAAGAGCCUCGGCGUGGACGGGGCCGGCCUGUCCAGCAUCAAGGGGGACGACACCGAGGAGAAACGCAAACACAUCAAGACCCUGAUAGAAAAGAUCCCCACAGCGAAGCCCGAGUUGUUCUUGUACCCGCUCGACUGGUCCAUGGUGGACACGACGCUGAUGGAUCGACGCGUGCGACCCUGGAUCAAUAAAAAGAUUAUCGAGUACAUCGGAGAAGAGGAGGCAACGUUGGUAGACUUUGUCUGCACCAAGGUGAUGGCUCACAGUAUGCCACAAAGUAUCUUGGAUGAUGUUGCUACGGUUCUUGAUGAAGAAGCUGAAGUCUUCAUCGUGAAGAUGUGGAGGUUACUCAUUUAUGAAACCGAAGCUAAGAAGAUUGGACUGGCGAAAUAAGCGAACCACUGAAUGGUCAACUUUUUUUUUUCUUCAUUUUAUUCAUUGUGUAAUAGUACAGUUGUCAACCCCCCAAAAAAUAAGGUUGUAUCUAUUCAAGUGCAGACUGUCGCUGCUUGUUCUCACAUCUGCACCAGUUGUUCAGGUUUACUUUCCUAACUGUCAGUGUGCUUUUGUUUGUAUUCAGUACUUAAUUACUUGACUACAGUGACAUUUUUCAGGCAACUCUGUAGGAUUAUUAUGCGAAAUCAAACUUUGUCUCUAUGGUGUGUAUUUUUAAAUAUGCAUAACUACAACAAGAAUGUGAUCUUUUUAAGAUUAUUUAUUUGGAGUUUUGGACACAACUCCAAUUCAUUUCUAUGGUCUUUAUUCAUAGAUUCAGAUUUUCUUGCAUCACCUUCCCAUUUGAUCAGUUCAAACCUAGUUAUCAUUUGAAAUGUGUCCAUUGAGAAGUUAAUUCCUGCAGCUGUAAAAGCACACACAACCACUAUGGGAAAACAAGCGUAGAAUGAAGCUGUAAAAACGCUUUCCAUUUGUUUUUGUAUUGUGAAUGUUUCAAUAAAAUUGAUUUUUUUUUUUAA